CUCGCCCAUGAGCUUUCCCUUGUGUCAGUCACCAUGGCGGCAUACAGCAGAAAGCUGUGGCCUCAUCGUCACUUUUAAACCUAUCAUAAUGAUUUUUUAAAGGUUGCCUUUCUACAUGUAUAGGUUUAUAUAAAAAAAAAUGGACAACCGGUUACUGUCAGGAUAGAGUUCUACUUUUUUCUUUGAAGGCGGUAACAUGAAAUUGUGGCAAACGCAAAAAUGCUGAAGAUCAAUGGAUUGGCUUUUAGUGUCGGUUUAGAUAAAGGAACCGUUUUACCAUAAUACAAAUUGUACAGCAACAGAUCUACUGUGAGUUGGAUUCUGGAUUCUUCGAGCCGCGCCUUGUUAGGAAGUUUGUUUGGACCGGUGGCAGCCUUCUGGUGUCGGUUUGGGGACAGAAUAAACCCCGAGGCUCACAUUGUGGCCUGGCCGGGGGGACUAAUUAUCCAUUUUUAGCACACUGGAGUUCUCUUAGUGGAUAACAAAGUGGGAACAGAGAUUGUGGCUUGGUCUGUGCAUACACAGACCGCGAACAUUAGAGAAUUGUCAACAAGAUAAGCAAUUUAAUUGUUUUUAACGCGUCUUCAAAACAAUGGCGUCUUAUGUGGAUAACAGUUUUCGUCAAGCUGUGAUGAUGAAUCCGGCGGAAAGAACGCAACAGGACCUGGAGAUAGUCUACUCCUAUCUGCAUGGGAUGGAGGCCCUGUCUAACCUCAGAGAACACCAGCUGAGGAUAAUGUGUGAGACAGUGCGCUAUGAAAGACACGAAGCCAAUGAAGUGCUCUAUUACCCGGAUGACGUCGGAAGCUGCUGGUAUAUUCUACUGUCCGGGUCCGUCUUCAUCAAGGAGUCCAUGUUCCUGCCAAGAAGCAGUUUUGGAAAGCGUUCUGCAGGGAGCCUGAGACGUGGAUGUGAGUGCAUCGUUCUGGAACCUUCGGAGAUGAUUGUGGUGGACUAUAUGGAGGAAAAUGAGGAGUACUUCCAGAGGCAAGCAUCACACCGACAGUCCCGCCGCAGGUUCCGCAAGAUCAACCAGAAAGGCGAGCGACAGACCAUCAUCGACACGGUGGACCCGUACCCCACCGGCAAGCCGCCCAUAGUCAGGGGAUAUCACACGGAAUGCAUUAAAGCUCAGCUCCCCGCAGACUUCAGCCGACUCCACCUGGCCGACGGCUUGCACCCACAGGUGACCCACGUGUCUUCCAGCCACUCAGGAUGUAGUAUCACCAGCGACUCUGGAAGCAGCAGCCUGUCAGACAUAUAUCAGGCCACGGAAAACGAGCCAGGCGACAUGGACCUCAGCGGCCUGCCCGAGACUGCCGUCGACUCAGAGGAGGACGAUGACGAGGAGGACAUCGAGCGAUCGUCGGACCCCCUCAUGAGCCGCGACAUCGUGCGGGACUGCCUGGAGAAGGACCCAAUGGACCGUACCGAUGACGACAUAGAGCAAUUACUGGAGUUCAUGCAUCAGCUGCCAGCGUUUGCCAACAUGACCAUGUCUGUGAGGAGGGAGCUGUGUGCCGUCAUGGUGUUUGCCGUGGUCGAGCGGGCCGGCACCAUCGUACUCAAUGACGGGGAAGAGCUGGACUCGUGGUCAGUGAUCCUGAAUGGCUCGGUGGAGGUGACGUACCCUGAGGGCAGGCCUGAGAUCCUGUGUAUGGGCAACAGCUUCGGGGUCUCCCCCACCAUAGAGAAGGAGUACAUGAAGGGAGUGAUGAAGACUAAGGUGGACGACUGUCAGUUUGUGUGCAUAGCGCAGCAGGACUACUGCUGUAUCCUCAACCAGGUGGAGAAGAACAUGCAGAAGGUGGAGGAGGAGGGCGAGAUCGUCAUGGUCAAGGAGCACCGUGAGCUGGACCGCACCGGCACCCGGAAGGGACACAUCGUCAUCAAGGGCACGAAGGAGCGUCUGACUAUGCACCUGGUAGAGGAGCACUCUGUGGUGGACCCCACCUACAUCGAGGACUUCCUGUUGACCUACAGGACUUUCCUCUCCAGCCCCAUGGUCGUGGGCAACAAGCUCCUCGAGUGGUUCCACGACCCAAGCCUCAGGGACAAGGUUACACGGGUAGUCUUGCUGUGGGUGAACAAUCACUUCAAUGACUUUGAAGGCGACCCUGCAAUGACUAACUUUCUUGAAGAGUUUGAGAACAAUCUGGAGAGAGAGAAAAUGUACGGCCACCUUAGACUGUUAAACAUUGCCUGCGCUGCUAAAGCCAAACUGCGACUAGUGACACUGACCAAGCCGUCCAGGGAGGCCCCGCUAGCCUUCACCCUGCUGGGGGGCUCCGAGAAGGGUUUUCGCAUCUUCAUCGACAGUGUGGAGCCCGGGAGCAAGGCCGCGGAGGCCGGCCUUAAACGAGGAGACCAGAUUCUGGAGGUGAACGGGCAGAACUUUGAGAAUGUCCAGCUCACGAAAGCUAAUGAGAUCCUGAGGAACAACACCCACUUGUCAAUUUCUGUGAAAACUAAUCUUUUAGUUUUCAAGGAGCUCCUAGCCCGACCAGAGCACGACCACGAGGCAGAGGGUGAGGAGACGCCAGAGGUGGACCGCAAGAAUGGCGCCCCGGCACACCUGCCCAAGAUCGGGGAUAUCAAGAAGGGCUCGCGCUACUCCAUCCCUGACCUGGCGGUGGAUGUUGAGCAGGUGAUGGGCCUGGAGAAGGCCAGCAAGAAGGCCAAAGCCAACACGGUGGGGGGAAGAAACAAGCUCAAGAAGAUCUUUGACAAGACGCUCACCAGCAUCCUGCCCCCAAAACCAUACAACGACGUGGGUGUGGGCCAGUCGCAGGACGACAGCAUCGUGGGCCUGAAGCAGUCCAAACAGAUUCCGGCCGCGCUGCCAGUCAGCGGCAGCCUGUCGUCCAGCAACCCUGACCUGCUGCAGUCCCACCACCGCAUCCUGGACUUCAACAACCCGCCUGACAUGUCAGACCAGGUGCUGCGGGUGUUCAAGGCAGACCAGCAAAGUCGAUACAUCAUGAUCGGUAAGGACACCACGGCCAAAGAGGUGGUGGCCCAGGCCAUCCGGGAGUUCGCCCUGACCGCAGCGCCCGAAGCCUAUUCGCUGUGUGAGGUGUCCAUCACACCGGAAGGCGUCAUCAAGCAACGCCGGCUCCCGGAGCAACUGUCCAAGCUGGCAGACAGGAUACAGCUCAGUGGCAGAUACUACCUGAAGAGCAACAUGGAGACAGAGACCCUCUGUUCAGACGAGGACGCCCAGGACCUCCUUCGUGAAGGCCAGAUCUCCCUCCUCCAGCUGUCCACCAUGGAAGUAGCCACGCAGCUCUCCAUGCGUGCCUUCGAACUCUUCUGCGCCAUCGAGCCCACCGAGUACAUCGACGACCUGUUCAAGCUCAAGUCCAAGACGGGCUCGUUUUGCCUCAAGCGCUUCGAGGAGAUCAUCAACCAAGAAACCUUCUGGGUGGCGUCGGAGGUGACCCGGGAGCCCAACCAGCUCAAGCGCAUGAAGACUGUCAAGCAUUUCAUCAAGAUAGCUCUCCAUUGUAGAGAGUGCAAGAACUUCAACUCCAUGUUCUCCAUCAUUAGUGGUCUGAACCUGGCCCCAGUAUCUAGACUCCGGGGCACGUGGGAGAAGCUGCCCAGUAAGUACGAGAAGCUGUUCGGGGACCUGCAAGACCUGUUUGAUCCAUCCAGGAACAUGGCCAAGUAUCGCAACGUGCUCAACAACCAGAACCUCCAGCCACCCAAUCCCCUGUUCCCCGUCAUCAAGAAGGACCUCACCUUCCUGCACGAAGGGAAUGACUCUAAAGUGGAUGGCCUGGUGAACUUUGAGAAGCUGCGGAUGAUCGCCAAAGAGAUCCGCCACGUGGGCCGCAUGGCCUCCGUCAACAUGGACCCAGCGCUCAUGUUCAGAACCAGGAAGAAGAAAUGGAGGAGUUUAGGUUCACUUAGCCAGGGCAGUGCCAAUGCGGCGGUGCUAGACGUCACCCAGACGGGCGGGCACAAGAAGCGGGUGAGGCGCAGCUCCUUCCUGAACGCCAAGAAGCUGUACGAGGAUGCCCAGAUGGCCCGCAGGGUCAAGCAGUUCCUGUCCAACCUCAGCCUGGAGACCAACGAAGAGGCGCUGCAGACCCUCUCGCUGCAGUGUGAGCCCUCCAUCAACACACUGCCCAAGAAUGCUGGUGGCAGUAAGAGGCCAGACACGUCUCCGGUGGUGUCCAGGGCUGCCAGCCAGCAGAGGAGCCAUCUGCAGAAGGGCAACCAGGCCCUCCAGGUGCCCGCCGUAGCCCUCUACCCCUCACGCAAGAAAGUACCCGUCAAGGACCUGCCACCAUUCGGCACGAGUUCCCCUCAGUCGUUGAAGAAGAUCCUGUCACUGUCAGAGGAGGCCAGCGAGCGUCACAAGCGUCAGACUGAGGACACUGUAUCCAACACCACCUCGCAGCUCUCCUCCCCGCCCACCUCACCACAGAGCUCGCCCAAGAAGGGGCUCGGGACACUGAAGGGCCAAAGUGUCCGGAAGGUUACCUUUACCAGUAAACAGACAGCCACAGGCUACCCCAGAACAGGAGAUGCCUACUCAGACUCAGGUCACAGCGAGAUCUCAUCGCGCUCCAGCCUGGUCAGCAACUCUUCCUUUGACAUGGCCCAGGAGGAAAGGAGGGGGCUCAGGCACUCCGGAGGGGUGGGAGACCCCCACGCUGGAGGGGUGCGUCUGGAGAGGAGGGCUACGACAGACCCGGACCAGUACAGCCUCGGUUCCUACUCGUCCAUGCAGGACUGCCGGGGUCUGUAUACCUGUGCCACGGUGCUAUCUCCCAGCUCUGAAGAGCUGACCCAGGACCAAGGGGACCGUGUCUCCCUGGAUGCUGCAGACAGUGGCCGCGGCUCCUGGACCUCGUGCUCCUCGGGCUCCCACGACAACAUCCAGACCAUGCAGCAGGGACGCAGCUGGGAGACCCUGGCCUUCGGGCCGGGUGGUGUGGUCAGCAUGGGUGUCCAUCCUCCCGGGGGGCCUGAAGCGUUUAUAGGGGUCCCCUCUGGACUGUGGGCAUCUCAGGCUAGAGGGAGCUGGGCAUCGGCCUCUUCUUCAUCUUCCUCUGCAGCGUACUGGGGCGAGGACUCAGAGGGUGACACGGGCACGAUUAAACGCCGAGGCGGGAAAGACGUGAACGCUGACCCAGAGACGAGUAGUAUCACGUCCAUGGGGUCUGACGAGGCCAAGCAGCACGGAAGGCCAUCGCCCAUCACCGCCGGCAACAAGGGUCUUAUCACACGAAAGGAGAGCCGGUACCGCGAGCCCCCUCCCACCCCGCCAGGCUACACCGCCCUGACAAUCUCUGACUUCAGUGAGGGCCAGACGCAGUCGCCACCCCCGCCCACGGCCCCGUCCCACUCUGGCCGCCGCCCACCCGACUACUCCACGGCCCUGCAGCGCUCGCGCAUGGUCACCCAGUCGCCCGACUCCCAGCAUCACCACCAGUCCCAACAACACCCAGGUUCCGGAACCACAAAGCGCCAUGGGCUCCACCGCACCCGCUCGCCAGACGAGGAUGAAGAGCCGGAGGAGGAAGAGGGUGAGUCCUUGUCUCCCAAACUAGUCGCUCUGAGGAAGACAGUGGCACACACACCGGAGACAACCAGGCCCUGAGAUGAGUGUACGGGUUAAAGGGCAGCCCCCCCCCCCAGGCUGAGAGGAUGAACAGGUAUCAGCAGUCUGAGAGAGAACAGUCUUCUGCUAGAAGACUUGACGUCGCUUCCAUGGAGCCGGAAAAAAAAGACACUGAUGGCCGGACAAAGCAAUCCAGUACAUACGUGCCUGCCUCCUCCGUCGGACUCUCCCUCCUGAUUGGUAGACUCUUCUGCUCAUCUCCCUCCCCUGCCUUAAAGCAUUAUCAGGGGUUGAAUAACCCUGCUUGAAAAAAUACUGUGAAGAAGUAGAAGAAGGAGAGACAGAAAAAGAAAGAUACAAUACCUGGCACUUUGGAAAAAAGAAAAACAAGUGAAACUGUUUUGCUGGAAUAACAUACGGCGACGCGUGACAACCACGCUCACACAAACACACAGCUGUCCUGGAACAGCUUUCCAAGACUAUUAUCCCAACCCCACCUCACUUUACACACAGCAUCAUGACGUGUUGAGCUUUGUCUGCACUUUUUCUUUUUCUACUUUAUAAAACGUGAACAAAACGGACAAUGAUGAUUUAAUAAAAGAACAUUGAUCGAUUUUGAACUCUUAAGGAUUUUCAAAUUCCUGCUAGGUUUUUGGGGGUUUUCUUUCCAGAACUAUUGCACUCUGGGGGUAAAAGAGACUAUACCCACGUCUCAUAUCUAUGGACUCGGAAUAACAAAUCUGUCAAAAGGGUGUUUUAUUCCACAAUUACAGUAUUAUCUGGUAAUUCACAUAUUAGACAUGACCUAGUGGUGGCUCCACCCCACUGCGAACUGGACAGUCACAAUGAGAGAAAUCAUUUGGCGUAACCAACAUGCACCUUCAUAAUCUAAUGUACUGACACACUGGCAGUUUGGCUCCAGCACUUUUCAGUAAAACCUUAAGUUUUAGUACAACCCUCCAUUCCCAAACCUGGCCUGGAUAUCGGUCUCUUUUUCCAAUACGACCAGCCACAUCUUAAGUUCUAGGUCAUAUACAGUACUGUAAUUUCCGGACUAUUGAGUGCACCUGAAUAUAAGCCACACCCACUGAAUUUAAAUACAAUUAUUAUUUUGAACAUAAAUAAGCCGCACAUGUCUAUAAGCCGCAGGUGCCUACCGGUACAUUGAAACAAAUGAACUUUACACAGGCUUUAACGAAACACGGCUUGUAACAAAAAUAAAUAGGCUUUAACGAAACACGGCUUGUAACAAAAAAUAAAACAUUUGCAGUAAACAGUAGCCUACCAAGAAAGUCAUUGGUCACUAUCUUCUUCCUCCUGUGCACUGAAACCACUGAAGUCAUCUCCUUUAAAAAAAAAUUUAAAGUGGGAAAAAUCCAUAUAUUAGCAGCGUUAUUGUUUAAGCCGCGAGGUUCAAAGCAUGAGAAAAAAGUUGCGGCUUAUAGUCUGGAAAUUAUGGUAAUGUACAGUUUUAACGGUGUGAGGCGUAGCAAUGGCCCUACCUGUCCAGCCGGUCCCAUCUGGCUGGACCUAGCCGGUCGGCCGGUCCCAUCUCCAAUUGUAAAACCUCUUCUAUUUUUUGUCAUAGAUAUGGCUGCCUAUAGUUGUUUAGCUAACUUAGCUAGCUAGGCUGGCUACCUAGCUACCUAAGUUGGCAAACAGAAAAAAAUGAUUUCCCCCCCACUGUAACACAGUAAGUAGUAUGAUAGUCAGCAAUACAUGUUUCAGUAGAUUAACUAAAGUUUGCUAGCUAGCUAGGUGGCUUGCAGGAAAUAUAACAUACUGAGCUAGCCACCGUGUUUGUCAUCUGCCCUCUUAGUGCUGGCAUCGGCUGUAGUUGAGCUUCUAGCUAAAUCAAAUUCUUUGUUUUGAAUCCUCUUCGCUAUAUUCCGGUUGAAACUUGUAUGGGUGAAUGUCAUCAUGUAGGUAACAAAAAUGCUCCAUCUUUGAAUUCGUGUUGAUGAGAGGAAUCACUUGAAGCCUUUGUGGUCUGGUCAAUUUUUUUCAAUUUUGCCCAAAGGAUUGUGUUGUUACUGUCCGCCUCCCUUUCAAAAAAGCCUGCCUUGGUGGAGGGACGGGGCCAGAGCAGGAAGCACUGCCCACACACGUUUUAGUCUUUCAGAGAUUGGAAAAAAUGUCAGCUUGUAUAUUUAGCAAUGAAUCCGCUGAUAGGAACAUCCAGGUUUUAAACUGGAAGGUCACCUGGUGACUUAUAUUCAUUCUAUAUUUAGACGGUAUUGUUUUGGACACCUACAUGAGAUUUAUAUUGGCUUAGUCUUGUCCCUAAUGGUGAUGUUGAAAGAUAAGUACAGAGGUGAUUUAUACCUGAUUUUAAAAUGAACCAACUUGGGGACGUGUUUGAGUUAUGCACCCCAAAGGCUUGAAUCCUAUAGAGGUUAAUGGAGUCUCGGAUCUUUUAGUGGUGCUGCAUAAACAAACUCUUUCCCUGGGUUUGUCAAACAUGUAAAGGAGCAAUCUGCUGUUGCUAUGUCCAUUUUUGGACUUAUAAAUUAAUGAUAUAUAUCCAUUGAUUCUUGAAGAAUAUAACUUAAAUGCCUCAUGAGCUUAGUUCAACUGUCAAACCCCAUCAUACCCCAAAAUAGAAUCUUGUUUUACUUCAAUGUUUGUAAAUGUAAACAGACAUUGUAUAGCCUCAAAAACAUGCUUAAAACUAAUUUUGAUAUCUUGAUUGGUCAGUCUUUGCAUGCAUAUCUCUGUCUAUUAAUUUGAGUGGUUACAUUUCUCCAGGCCCACCCGUCAACUUUGUAGCAAAACAGAAUGCUUUAUUGUUUCAACUAAGGAUUGCCCUUUUAAGACUGAACUAGAAUACACGAGAAUGAACUAAAAUAAACCUUCUCUCCAACCUUGCUGUUGGAGACAUCCCUUCCUCUUCAUUGCAAAGCCACUUGGAGAAGUCCUUCACUGUUACAGGCAUCAAGAUCAGUGGAUGUGUAUAUGACUAGGCAGUGCUAGCGUAGAACAACCUGUUUUCCACUGUUUCGCAACAUCAUUGGAAUUGACUGAAGAAGGUUAUUGAAUAUGUUUGUUUUUUGACUCCAGUGGGGAAGUUACCUAGAUUAAAUAAUUAACUUUGAAGGCUGCUAAUCAGAAUUAUUAGUAAUCAAAUUGUGAAAGUGUCACUUAUUUUAUCACUGAGUUGUGCUGAUCACAUUGAUCAGUAGUUAGAAACUAUAGACUGAGAAGUAGAAAUAAACGAGUGCAGUGUUUUUCACUGUGGUUUGUCAUUACACUAUAAUCAUUUGUCAUGUUUUUUGUUCAUGAUAAAUUUUUUCUAUGUCUGCCAAUAGAUUGUCUAAUGCGUUUGUAAUUCAGUGGUAACAUGCAUCAUCAUUCACUUUCCUUCAACUCUUUAGCAGGCCAAGUCCUAUUUCGAAAAACAAAACGUUGCACAACAAUGUACAAGCAUAAAGAUAAUUGUAGUAGGUAGAACUGCUACUCGGUUUGAUGUGAUGUCAAGUGAGAAGUGUAUAUUUAACUGGUGAUGAUUUCUCAUACUUUCUUAUACUACUUUGACCUGUAUGUCUUUUAAAAAGACAAUUGGUGGAGUAAGUAUCAGUAGUUUUUUUUGUAUUUUUAAUACAAUAAUUGUAAAUAUUGGUUAUAUUUUUGUUGAAAUGUACUAUGUUUAUGCCUCAACAUCCAGUUUGUAUGAAGCUGGGAAAUCAAUAAAUACUACAAAAGUUAUCAAUUCAUAGGUUUAAAUGCACUUAUUUUUUUUCCUGCAUUUGGAGGUUUCGUCUCUUGAAUAUUGUUCCUUUCCAAGACCUCUCCUAUGCACCAUCUAGUGUUUGCACAAGAUAAGACAUGGAAGUAACUUGAACUGUGUAACCCUCAUACUUUUCUAACUGACAACAGUGUAUGUCAGAAUUAAUAAAAAUAUAAGUCUCCA